AUGGCCAACUGGCCAAACAUGGUGCUUGACGUAGCGGCGGAGACGGAUAUUACAGGAAGGGAGUUUUCCACAUUUAUCACCGAUGAACCUGAAGCUGCAGUAACCUUUGCACUGCGCCACGAAGGAAAGACUGCGGCUUUUAUUGAAGAAACUAGAGAAAGGCUGGCACACAUCAUUGAGCUGGGCAGCGAGCCCAGGUAUUCCAAAGAAGCGGUCCUUCAAGACCUAUUUCGUACCUUCGAGCAUGAGUUGAAAAGAGCCUACGACUCGACCGACUGGGACGAGAGAGACACUAGAAACGUUUUCGGCUUAAGGGAGGACCCGACGAGGAACUUUGGGAAUGCGGUGCUUUUCGUCACGAGACGAAGCCCCGAGGGAACCGUGGAUUUGGUAGCGGAACAGCUGGAGCAACAUAAUGGUGAAGAGGUCAAGGUGAAGCUGUCUACCGCGUCGGACAUCCCUCGAGGCGUCCUGUUGAAAUCAGUCUAUUUGUCACUGACUGCAGUAGGCCAUUCUCCUCUCGUGGUGUUCUUCGUGUCCUGA